AUGAUCAUGGAGUUUACAGGCAGCAGUUACAGUGGCGCUUAUAGAAAUGGCAGGAUGGAGGGCAGAGGAGAGUACAGGUUGCCCACACAGACCAGAUAUGAAGGAGAGAUGCAGGAUGGCAUGUUUCAUGGAAAAGGAGUUUUGCACUUUCCUAAUGGAAGCCAAUAUGAGGGAACAUGGGAAAAAGGAAUUUGCAAACAGGGCCGGUUUACUUUCGCUGAUGGACUGAAGUAUGAAGAGACAGACUGGGAUUACUGUAAUGGCUUUGAUCGGCGCUUUUACUCUGAGAGAUGCCACGGUUUAAAACCUGCAGGGGAGUCUCAGCUAACUAAUAAGGACCCAGCUCCAGUCAUCCCUGAUGACUGCUGUGACUGUGGAGACGGCUUCUACAAUCCCAAAAACAGAGUUGUUACAGGCUAUGCUGGCAAUUUUCUAAGAACUGCUGAUGACCAAGAGCAUGAGUGGAUUGUCCGAACUUGCCGGAAGGGCUGGAAUGAGUUUGUGGGUUACAAUUCUGCAAACAAGGUGAAGAAUAAAGAAGAACCUUAAAUUCAGAAGAAGAACCACUACAUCUGUAAAUAAAGUUGAAUUAAAGAGAUGUGGGCUGUGUUUAUAUGCUGCAGGCGAUGUUGUACUUCAUGGAGAAGAUAGAGGGUCCAUGUGGCAAAAAAAGAAAUUCA